CUCGCGGCCUCGUAGUACUUGGUUGGACCGGCUUGUUGCGGGGAGGGCGGGGGAAGAUUGUUCGCAGUAGAAAAGGUCCGCGCAAGGGAAGGUAAACUGAGCUCCCCAGAGACUCUCAUCCAGCAGCCUCUGCUCAGGCCCAGCCUUCUCUCUCCAGUUGCCACCACAGCCUGGAGGCGCCUGCCUCCGCCCUCCCGAAUGGUGCUCCUCCUCGCAGGCCUCGGCCCAGGAUCCAGGCCCCCUUUGCCUCCUACCUCGGAGCUGUUGCUCCGGGUCUCUUCUGGUGGACUCCCCGUGACGGGGAGGGAAGGACUUUUGCACAUACAAGGCUAUAGCUCUUGGGACCCCACCGGCAACUUGAAUCUCGGCCUCUAACCGAGUGUGAGGUUCUUCCUGUGCCCUCUUUUUCCACCCUUUGAGAAGAGAAACCCUUCUUCUUGCCACCCAGAGCCCAGGAAGCCCCAAGCUGGGGCCCUGGUCCCAGCAUGUCAGUCCUCUUUUUUGCAUAGGGCUGUGCCCUCUCCCCGUCAGCAUGGCUGAACUCAGGCAGGUUCCAGGGGGGCGGGAGACCCCACAGGGGGAGCUUCGGCCUGAGGUUGUAGAGGAUGAAGUCCCACGGAGCCCAGUUGCAGAGGAGCCUGGAGGAGGUGGAAGCAACAGCAGUGAAACCAAAUUGUCCCCAAGAGAAGAAGAAGAACUGGAUCCUAGAAUACAGGAGGAGCUGGAGCAUCUGAACCAGGCCAGCGAGGAGAUCAACCAGGUGGAGCUGCAGCUGGAUGAGGCCAGGACUACCUACCGGAGGAUCCUGCAGGAGUCAGCAAGGAAGCUCAACACGCAGGGCUCCCACUUGGGGAGCUGCAUCGAGAAGGCCCGGCCCUACUAUGAGGCUCGGCGGCUGGCUAAGGAGGCCCAGCAGGAGACACAGAAGGCAGCACUGCGGUAUGAGAGGGCUGUGAGCAUGCACAACGCUGCCCGGGAGAUGGUGUUUGUGGCUGAGCAGGGCGUCAUGGCUGACAAGAACCGGCUGGACCCCACGUGGCAGGAGAUGCUCAACCACGCCACCGGCAAGGUGAAUGAGGCCGAGGAGGAGCGGCUUCGUGGUGAGCGGGAACACCAGCGGGUGACACGGCUGUGCCAGCAGGCUGAGGCUCGGGUUCAGGCCCUGCAGAAGACCCUCCGGCGGGCCAUUGGCAAGAGCCGCCCCUACUUCGAGCUCAAGGCCCAGUUCAGCCAGAUCCUGGAGGAGCACAAGGCCAAGGUGACCGAGCUGGAGCAGCAGGUAGCCCAGGCCAAGACCCGCUACUCAGUCGCCCUGCGCAACCUGGAGCAGAUCAGCGAGCAGAUUCACGCGCGGCGCCGGGGCCAGCUCCCUCACCCCCCGGGCCAGCUGCGCUCUUCCCCGGUGGGGGCCGAGGCCGGGCCUGACGGUGGCGAGGAUGGGGACAGCGGGAUCAUCGAGGGGGCCGAGGGCGGGGGGCUGGAGGAGGGUAUCAGCCUGGGGCCUGGCCCUGCCCCCGACACGGACACGCUGAGCCUGCUGAGCCUGCGCACUGUGGCUUCAGACCUGCAGAAGUGCGACUCCGUGGAGCACCUGCGGGGCCUCUCGGACCACACCAGUCUGGAUGGCCAGGAGCUGGGUCCCCGGAGUGGGGGCCGUAGCGGCCGCCACCAGCGCAGUAUCAGCCUGUAGCCCUGUGCUCAGGGUGGCUGGUGCAGUCUUACCACCACUGGCCCGUGGAGGGCCCUGCAGGCUCCUAGCUCCCUCUCCUCGGGUCCUCGCUUCCCCCAGAGAGGUCAGGUUGGCUGUGUCUUGAGUCUGUCCUGUCUUUCUCACCCUGCCCUGCCCCCCACAGGUGGCAGCUCUCUUUGCCUUACCCUUUCAGAAGGCUUGUCUUUGGCUCUCACAUCUCCCCUCCGCCUGCUGGCCCCUCACAGUCUGAUACCGUUUGCUGGCCUCUUUUUGACUUCUUCCAUCUGUCUGGUUUUUCCCCUCAGGGAAAUUUGUGUAGAAGGCACAGGGACGCCAUCAGAGAAGGUGGGCGCUGGACCUGGGUCCUGGCAUCUUGGCCCCCCCAAGCUUGAGUGAAUGGACGGGUGCCCUUCCCACCUACCCAUCUGAGUGGUCCCGAGUGGCAGGGAUGCUGCCGAGCCCUCCUAGCAGCCCAGCGCCCCAGUCCUCUGUCCCAGCCUGCCUGUGUGUAACAUGUAAGCUGCACUGUGGGACUGUGUGCCUCUGGAAGACACCACCCAUCCCUUUAGUGCUCCCUCCUCAUGACCUAAGCCACUUUGCUAUGCGUGCCUCAAAGCAGGACUUGAGGGUUACUGGUGUCAGGGAAGGUGAAACCCAAUCUCAUCGUUGACAAAGGGGGCACCACCAACUCCAAACAGACUCCCGUGUGUGUGGUGUUUCCCCAGCUUGGCUGGGUCCUUAACAUUGCCAAGGUGCUAGUGAGUCCAAGUUGGGGGAUGGAGAUGUAGUGAGGUCCUGAUGGCUGAAGCCCUUGCCAUUCCUGCUGCGGAGUUAGGUUUAUUUACUUUUUCUGGGUAGAGGAUGCUGAACCAAAUCUCAGCGUCCUCCUGCAGGGUAGAGUUGGGGAGUUUGGUGCUCAAUUGCUCUCCCUCGCUCUUCCCCAAACCAAACAAUACCUAGUCCACGAUCCCUUGGGGGAUGCUCAGGUUUGGCUGCAGAGCCUCCGCUGAUAUGGGGAAGGUUUGGCCUGGGGUGAGGGAACCCCCCCUCCAUCGGGAGCUGCUUCAGGUGUCUGGUGGUACUCCUGUGCUGCGUGGGGCGGGGGAAAGGUAGGGAAGCCACACUGGAUCUAGGUGCCUUGGGAGCACCGAUCCUCCUGUCCCACCCCAGGAGGGCUGAGAGCUGGACUCCGGACAGGAGAACUUGUGCCUAGGCCUGUGUGCUGCUGCCAUUGACUGGGGGAGGAGCAGGCCUUCGAAUAGGAGGUGUCUCCCUGUCCCAGGGUUGAGGCAGUUUGGUCAUGAUGAGAACCGCCAGGUUUGAGGUGGCCAUGGGGGGAGGGAAGAAGAGGGAGGAUGUGGGCGUGCGUGCGUGCAUGCAUGUGCCUGUGUGUAUGGGGGGAAAGGGUCUGCCCCUGAUUUUAUUUAAAUAAAAUAGUUUAUGUAACAGUAAUGUUUAUUGUCCC